UGCAUUCAAGUAUGUGCUAUGCAAAUGACAUGGGAAGAUGUUUUUCUGAAGAAAUGCAUUGGUUGGUUUGAUGGUAAUCAAACCAACAGGUAGAAGUUAAAAGAGAAUGCGAGUGUGCAGUGAAGGACAGCAUGCUACAGCAGCACCUGACUGUGGGAUUGUUCCUCCUUUCUGAUCUCUUCCUAAAAGGUUUGACGUCUAUCAUUGGAGGCCCUUCGAUGUUGAACGCUUUGCUUGGUGAGACUCUGUGUGUAAAGUGUCAAUAUGAAGCAGGUUAUCAUAACUACGAUAAGUACUGGUGCAGAGGCUCUAUUUGGAGUUCCUGUGAAAAAGUCAUUAGCACUAGCAACACUGAGGAAGAAAAGAGAGUUGGCAAAACUGCUAUCAAGGACAAUCACACGCAACUUGAAUUCACUGUGAGAAUGGAGAACAUCACAAAGGAAGAUGUUGACAUUUAUUGGUGUGGCAUAAGAAGACCCUGGGCUAGUGAUUUCAAUUGGAAAGUAAAUAUUACAGUAACCAUAGAGCUGCCAACUACCAAUAUGACAACAGCGGGAUAUAUUUCCAGCAUCUCAACCUUCCCUACUGAAAGUACACAGAGAAAUCCAAAUAGGGUUGGACUAGAUGACCUCCAGGUCCCUUCCAGCCCUGGAUUAUCUUCGGAAGCUGCGUCUAGUGCCAGUGACCUUGAUCUCAUCAUAAUGUUACCCGUGGUUCUUGGGUUACUGAUGCUAAUUUUAGGUGGAACUACACUGUUGAUGUGGAAGCUAAAGAAGAAAAAAGUUACCAAAAACUCUAAGGGUCCUCUUCCAUCUACGGUUUCUCCUUCAUCUGAUCAAGCCACAGACGGCACAGAAGUGGCGUAUACAACUGUGAUACCAACUCGGUCUUUUGCUUCUAAGUCUCAGGUUUCUGAAAAGACAGAAAAGGUUGAUUAUGCGUCCUUCAGAUUUUCUACCUUAAAUGACCAACCUAUCUACGCUAACACAUGAAAAGAAGACAAUCAAGCUACUCCUGAGAAGUUCUCAUUAUAGGAACUGGGGGGAAAAAAGGAUUCAGAACCUCUCUGUCCUCCUGUUCCAGAUGCUCCAAUAGAAGACUGCAACCCUUCGGCAUCACUUACAUUACUGCAGAGAGGCGAUAAAAUAAAGCCCAUCCUUUUGACCUAAGUGGAAUGGCAGUCCAGAGCCAUCUUCAGUGACUUUUAGUGUUAAGCCAAAGUCUCCUGGACUACAACGUCCACAAUUCCCCAGUCAAGCCACCCUUGGGUUUGUGUAAUAUGUUUUGUUGGUCAACCCUUUGGAAAUCCCCUGGUUUUGCUCCUCCCCCUGGAUUGUUAAUCUUGCCAAUAGCCCCAGGAUUUAUUCAAGUGCACCGACUAUUUAAAUCCAGCUGAGUACCUAAGCGAUACUAUCUAUAAAAUCUAAUAAAUAAAAAUCUAAUAAAUAAAAAUACUGCAGGUAAAGAUUAGUAUCUGAGUAACCUGGCAGGUAAACA